GUUAAUGGUAAAAGGGGAACGACUACUAAUUCUGAAGAGGUGUUUGAAGACUAUGCCAACAAUGCUGCUGAUGCUGCUGCUGGUGAUGAUUAUGGUAAUGGUGACAAUUGUGAUGAAGAUUUUGCAGGCGUUACGGAACCACAUGGAUUUGUAGAUGCAGUACAUUAA